AUGGUUAAAGUUUAUUUUGAUCUUGAUUCAGAAAAUGAAGAAGAAAAUUAUGAAGAAGUUUAUGCUACUCUAAGAGAUGCCAAGGAGAAAAGUAAAAGGAUGUCUGAAUCUCAACAAAAAAUGAGAUUAAGAAGUAGAAAUAUAAGUAAACCAAUUCUUCUUACUACUCUGAUGAAUAUUGAAGAAGGAAUUUUAACUCCAAAGGAUAAGAAACCUUAA